GGGGCAGCUUUGGACGCUAAUUCAGUACCAGGCAGGCACACAUAUUAUCACUCCACGUGCGCGUCAGUGAUCAAGAGAGAGGGAAAAAGAACAGGGGAGAAAUGAAUGCAUGACAGAGAAUCAGUAAAAGAGGGAGAAGGAGAGGGAGAGGGAAGGGGUGGGGGUAAUGGGGAAUGGACGGGGAGGGGGGGGAGCAUGCCAGGACUUGGGGGAUGGGGGGGUGGAGAAUGUAGAAGGAGCAACAGCAACAGCUAGUGAGAAGCAGAACGAAAGUACGGACGUGGAGCCUGAACAGAGAGCCAGACAAGCAGGAAAGGAGAGGGGGAGAGACAGAGGGAGAGAGAUUAAGAGAACAAGAGAGCGGGAGAGGGAAGUCUGUCUGAAAGUGAGCUAUGGAGAUGAGAACAGAAACCAGGUCUGCACAAUAAAGUAAGAAACUGUGAGAACAGGAUCAGGAGGACCCCACCCCCCACCCCACAUCUCCAGCAACUCCCCCUCUUUUCUUAGCGGUGGGGCAGGGCAGAGCUAGUAAGAGAGAGCAAGAUAGUAAGAGAGAGAGAGAUAGAGGGAGUGAACGCGGCAGAAAAGAGGAAAGGCAGAAUUUAGAUAAAGGUAGUGUCAUAGCCUCGAAACCAAGUGAGUAAUAGAGGUGUGUCAUAAUGGAGAAGCACACUUUGUGUAUGUAUGAGAGAGAGAAAGUUAGAGAGGGAAAGUAAGGGAUAAGGGUAGCGAGGCAAGGAGAUUAACUACUUGGUUUGGGCAAGAGAAAACAAAAGAAAUAGAGAGAGGGAGAGAAAGAGAGAGAGAGAGAGAGAGAGGGAGACAGGCGGAGACAGAGUGGGUCCGGAGAACCACCACAGGAAUAAACACUUGAGCGAGCGAGGAGCCAGCAGCACUGGGAGAAGAGGAAACCUGAGGGGGACGGAAACAACCGGGGUGGAGAGUCAGCGAGAGGGACGGGAAGGGGGAAAGCAGAAGAGGCAGAAGAGGGUAUAGCGUGAGAGAGAGAGGGAGAGAGAGGCAGACUAUGUCCGUGAGGAAGCAGCAGGUGUGUGUAAUUGUGUGUGUGUGUGGGAGGAAUGAAGCUUGUGUUGCUGAAGCUGCUCCUCUCUCUCAUGCUCAUUGUGGUUGCCCUCGGAUCCUUCUUCACCCUGCUUCUGUGGAUUGUUUCCUCGGAGAGUGACACCACUCCUCGUAGCCCUUUUCAUGUCAAGAAGAGUCCGGACUUAACAGACUGCACAGGCUGUAGGGACAGCGUUAUUGAUAAAGUGUUGGAACGAUACUCAAAAAACUGGAAGAAACAAGAGAACAACUAUAAAAGGUUUAGGGCGUUGCUAAGUAGCAGGUGCCAUGGAGCCACUAAAGCAGUUGUCACACAAGCCAAUACCCCUCUGGGGUCGAAGGUCGUGUACGAUGGUGAGAAGAGGAAGCCAUUGCAAGUGACCUCUGCACUGUUCAAUGUCUUUCCAAAGGAGCCACCCUUUGGGAACACAUCAUGGGACACAUGCUCCGUUGUUGGAAAUGGGGGUAUUCUGGCCAACAGUAGCUGUGGACGGAGAAUCGACUCUGCCCAAUUUGUUAUCAGAUGUAACCUUCCUCCGCUGGAGCACGGCUAUGAGGAGGACGUGGGGAAUAAAACGGACUUGGUAACAGCCAAUCCCAGCAUUCUCCAUGAAAAGUUCGGAGGGCUCAUGGAGCGCCGGCGGCCUUUCGUGGAGGGCCUCCGUCCCUACGGCAACUCCCUGAUCCUCCUCCCCGCCUUCUCAUACAGCCACAACACGCCUGUGUCCCUGCGUGCCGUCUACACCCUGGAGGACUUCCGGAGUCCUGCGCGACCCGUCUUCCUCAGCCCGGACUACCUGACCAGCCUGGCCCGCUUCUGGCGCUCCCAGGGCCUGCGCUCGGUCCGCCUCAGCACGGGCCUCAUCGUGGCCAGCCUGGCGCUGGAGCUGUGCACCAACGUGGACCUCUACGGAUUCUGGCCGUUCAGCCAGCACCCGCACGGCCACCAGCCCCUCACAAACCACUACUAUGACAACAGGGAGACCAAGAAGAAAAUCCAUGCCAUGCCCGCUGAGUUUGACCACCUGCUGCGACUUCAUGGGCAGGGCAUUCUCAGGGUUCACCUCGGGCAGUGCCCACGCAGUGAUGGGUAAGCCAUGCCUGGCAGAGUCACAUCUGGUGUAAGGCAUGUUUUCUCAUGGGAGCUUCCAGGACAAUUCUCCUCGCAUGGCUGCAAUGCUCCAAGGAAUGGUUGUCAAUCGGUUCCUCAUUUCAUUGCUGGUAAACACGGAUGCUGGUAUUUGUAGUUCUCUUUUGUGAGCGGGUGAAAACGUGUCUGCUGUGCAGACUGGACUCUCAAUCUUGUGAUUUGCACAAUCAAAGAUUUCAUGAUAACAUGGAUAGUUUUGCUGAAAAUGACCCACAGGAAUAUAAGUAGAAAUGCAAAUCAAUUGAAAAUACUAAACCAAUCAAAAUCAAAUAAAGGGGUCAUCUAAUCUAGUAUUUAAAGUUGUCCACUGAAUCCCAGCUAUUACAUUUGUAUGGUACAUUUAUUUUUAACCAACCAAUUUAUUAUUUGACCUCUUCUCUGAUUGGCUAAUCUACUCACGUGUUUAAUUAAGCAAUUCAGUCCGCAGGCAGGUAGAGCAUUUCAAAAGGAAGUCUGGGACAUAAUUGUGACUAUUCCAAAGGCCAUGUGCAAUUGUUUUUAUGCUUUUAGCUUUACUUCAUGCUUUACCAUGUAGUACAGUUGUGUGAAAGAAACACAACAGUAGUUGUUGUGUAGACUCAUUGAUUCUGUUACAGUUAUGAUGGUGUAUGAUUUGCCUUCAUUGAGUUUGAGCCUGCGAUCAGGUCACAGCCAGUGUUGUUUGUCAUUACUUAUCUCAAAUGUUUUCUAUCUAUUGCUUACAUCAAGUGUGCCACUCCAGUGUGGUAGAUAGCGAAAUAUUUAGGUAAAAACUAUGUGUGAGUGUAAGCAGUUGUCAGUUUUCCACUUUCAAGUAUGCUGAGAUCACAAGCUAAAACAAACCUACCUCUAACAACAGCUCCCUAUUAAAAAAAAAGAUCUACGAGUCGCCAGCUUGACGGCUAAAUUAAACGUAUUAGAGAGACUGCUUGUUUUAAUGUCAAUGAAUCAGUGCUUAAGGUAUUCUGUCAGCGACAUAGCUAGCUACAGUAGUUACAGAGUAAGCUAAAAAGUAAUCGUCCUUUGUGUGAGGAGUACAUCAUAAUGUAUUUGGUAAGGGUAAAACCCAAGCCAUUUAGGAAUAAAAAAAAAAUUGAUUUUCAAUCAUUGUAUAAAAUUAUUAGAGUAAUAAUCAUUAAUAUUGAUUCUUAUGUAAAUACCUUCCAAAGGCUGAAAAGAAAACCUUAGAUGGAGAGAUGGUGAGAAAGUAUCUGUGAAAGGGUGAAAGUGAAUCACUCCAUUCUCAGGAAACACUGAAUAUUGAGCCAAGCUAACGAUUCUUUGAUCUGUACUUUUUGUAAUACCAUAGUCCACACUUCAACAAGCCAUUGUAUCAUAUGCUAAAAAAGAUAACAUUAAGAAUGCACAGACUAUUUUAUGGCACACCACCUUAUGAAGCACUUCAAAGAAAAAUGUUACAAAUGACCAAGACUAUUUGUUUUACUGAACUACCUGAAAGGGGCCAUGGACAGUUAAGAAUGUUGUUUGACUAAUCUUCAAAGAAAAGUAAAAGUUGUGUUUUGGACUCAGAUAGACCCUUCUUUAUAUGAACUUUUGGGCUCUUUUUGGCCGACGUACACUUUAGAUCUGUAUUGUAAAUGUUCUACAUGACCCCCAUUUCUACCAGAAAAUUGUCAUUAAGCUGAUAGCUUCAACAUAUAGUAACUUAAGGUGUAAUUGGACACUUUCCUCUGUGUGAGCUGGCGGGGAUGGAGUCUGUGUACCAGUCACACUGAAGCUGCAUGCUGUCAUAGCCGGCGUGGUCAACAAUCUCUUUUCUCCCCUUGUUCAGAAGUCUGAUUUCAACCAGACUAUUUACUGUAUGUAUCUCACAAACAUCAGUUUAAUCAGCCCUGAAUGUUUUACAUUAAAAAAUACAAAAUAAUUGUGUAGUUGCCAGUUCCAUGCUACCUUAAUGACACAUGAUAUGUAUCGGCAACAUUGAGCAAAGCAUGUUUUCGAAAGCACGCAUGCAUGCUGUGCAGGUGCUAUGGUCACUAAUUGGCUAGUACUGUUGUGAGGUUACGACAAACUGUGAAACCCCUACUUAAAUACUGCAGUAGCGGGUACAGCCUGGAGUCUCUGGAAGCUGCACAUGUGAAGGCCACAGGUGUGCUAAAGCGCAUCAACAGAAGGGUCUGUAGAGCAAAAUGAGGACAUCCCAGGUGGCAGGCCUAUAUUGAUAGUGGAAUAUGGUCGGUAACCUGCUGGAGGUCUCUGGUCUGCUUUAAAGGCUAAUAACAGAGACUAAACAGGAAGAAUUUCAUGGUUCUACAAGGAUAUGAAGGCGACAUGGUUCUACAAGGAUCUCAAGGCAUAAAAAUGACUUUCCACAAGUUCAAAAUCUCCCUUGACAUGGUAACAUGUAUUACAAAUGUUGAGCAUUGGUGUAAAUGGAGGAAGACGUAUUAACAAAUAAAGACAAAGCUGUGUGUAAAAUA